CCCCGCGGGCUUCCCCGCCCUGGCCUCCAUGCUGUGCGACGCCCCGGAGCCGGUCCAGCACCACGUCCGCUCAUCGCUGCCCCCCGACGUCGCCCAGCGGGUCCACGUCCUCUCCAAGAGCUCCCUGGUGGGCUGCACCUCCGCGGCCGCCUACCAGCUCCUGCACGCCCAGGCGCCCGACGUGCUGCCCGCCGCGCUGGACAUGCUGGGCCUCACCGACCAGGCCGCCCCCCUCGCCGACCUGGUCUGCGCCGCGGCCCCCGCCGGCGCCCCCGCCGCCUGCUCCGUGCUGACGCGCCUCACCGGGGGGGCCCGCCCCCUCCCCGCCCCCUGGCUCCUCGCCACCUCCUGGGUCCUCCACCCGGCAUGGAGCCACCUGACGCAGCAGCUUGGCGUCUUCUACGAUGGCCUGUCCCUGCGCAGCGCCGCAGCGGGGUUGCGUUCCGCAACCCCUAAACACACGGUGUGAGACGGUUGAUACGCGGUACAUAGAGGGGGCGCGUGCCGCGCCCCCUACACAUGCGCGGGCGACGCCCGCGCAGUACGAAAGCCAAUGCGAAGUGUGGUUUGCAGCUGUGUGAGAGCGAGUGUCGGUGUCAAUGACCUUGAGGACGUGCAAGGGGCGGCAGCAGCAAAAAAAGUGCUGGCCUCAGCGGAUCUAGCUCGGGGGAGGCUCGAUUUGAAGGGGGGUACGUAUGCUAAUUUAAUGCAUUACUUGGGAAUGGUGAAGGGGUAUGUAGUCGAUGUGCGCGGGGCGCUGCCCGCGCAGACCAUGCGUGGCCCGUCACCCUUUUUUGUUCAUGCGCGGGCGAAGCCCGUCGCAUGGAGAGAGAUGGGUAAUAAGGGGGUAGUUGGUAGAUGUAUGGGUGUAUGUAAAGGUGUGUUAUAGGGAUGGGGGCGCGUUCCUCGCCCCCUGAACACACGGGGUUGCGUGCCGCAACCCCUGGACACACGCAUGCCCGUCAUCCCUUUCCUUUGUUUAUGCGCGGGCGAAGCCCGUCGCAUAUUACUAUAGAGUAUGGGUGCUAAUAGCAUAGAGGUAAGGGUACUAAGUCAUGGGGUAAUGGUACUUGAUACCGUAUGUAAGAUGUGUGUGAAAUUGAUGGAGUAAGAAGUGGGUGAUAGGUGGUACGUAGAUGUAUGUAUAGGUGUAUGUAGAGGUAUGUUAUAGGGAUAGAAGGUUGUUGUGUAGAGGUAGGAGUAUCGGUUAGAAAUUCUAUGGACUAGGGGGUGCGGGGCUUCGCCCGCACCUGGACCACGCACGGCCCGUCUUUUACCCAGGGGUUGCGUUCCGCAACCCCGCGCCCAAAAGGAUAAGGCGCCUUAUCCUUUUAUAAUACGGUAAGAAGCCAUGAAUUCCCAUUCCUUACCCUCUCAAGUUCACACAGAACUCAUGGACCCCCGGCUGAAUUAUGACGGUGGUAUUUUGUGUGAAGUUGAAGGUGUACGAUGCGGCCUUUACACGGUGCGUGCCUAGGGUAGUAGAGGUACGCGUGCUGGUUUUGCCUGUUCCUGUAUGUAAUACUCACACAGAGAUAGAUAAUCCAUGGUGCCAUCUAAUAGCAACGGGGAGAUAUGGUAUUACUAUAGAGUACGUAUGCUAUUAGCAUUGAGGUACGUAUGCUAAUAGUAUGGGUAUUGGUAAUUGAUACCGUAUGUAAUAUUUGUGUGAAGUUGAUGGAGAGAGAGAUGGGUAAUAAGGGGGUAGUUGGUAGAUGUGUGGGUGUAUGUAAAGGUGUGUUACAGGGAUAGAUGGUUGUUGUGUGGAGGUGUAUCGGUUAGGUCCUGGGAGCGCUGUCGAGGGUCAGGCACGGAACGCAAGCAGCGGGGAGGGCGCGCGGUGUUGUGGGUCCGCCGUUCUGAGCGCGGGUGUCCAUGGGGUGGAAGGGUGGAAAGGGGAAGGUGUGUGUAGGCGCGGAAGUGCUCGGAGUGCGCGCCGAGUGACCUUAACGCGCUGCAACUGAUAUCUUUCAGCAGGUCCCUCUUGUAACCAAUGCAAUCU